UACCACACAUACCCCGAUCUCAAAUUUCGCUGUACAGAAGAGCUCUUUAUUCCAAAAGAGAGAGAAAGGAGAAAAAACCCGACCCGACAACCCGGGGAAAAAAUUAUCGAAAAAUGGGAAAGGACGGUCUGAGCGACGACCAGGUCUCGUCGAUGAAGGAGGCUUUCAUGCUCUUCGACACAGACGGCGACGGCAAAAUCGCGCCCUCCGAGCUCGGGAUCCUGAUGCGAUCCCUGGGCGGGAACCCGACCCAAGCCCAGCUGAAAUCGAUCACCGCCUCCGAGAGCCUGACCGCCCCGUUCGAUUUCAACCGAUUCCUGGAUCUCAUGGCGAAGCACCUGAAGACGGAGCCCUUCGAUCGCCAGCUCCGCGACGCCUUCAAGGUGCUCGACAAGGAAGGAACCGGGUUCGUGGCCGUGGCGGAUCUGAGGCAUAUCCUCACCAGCAUCGGGGAGAAGCUGGAGCCUAACGAGUUCGAUGAGUGGAUCAAGGAGGUGGAUGUGGGAUCCGAUGGGAAGAUCCGGUAUGAGGAUUUCAUUGCCAGGAUGGUCGCCAAGUGAGAUCUGCUUUUUUUGUUUUCAAAGUUUGAAUUUUUAUUUCAAGUAUGUUUUUUUUUUAAUUUUUUUUUUUACAUAAAGUGUCACUCUUUAUGCUCUUGUGGUGGUUUUGGAUCAAUUAAUCUGAUUGAUACCAAUAUGUUUUUACUGUUUGUUCUUUUUGUUAUUUUGUUUUACUAACUCUAUUGUUGUGUGGUGGUGAUUCCUACUUUUUUUUUAUUCCAAGGAUGUUUAAUCUACGUUAAGUUGUUUCACUCUUUAUAAAUUUAUAAUUCGUUGGUUUGGA